AAUAACCGAAAAUUGAUGGAUGGAUCUUCCAUUUGGGUAUGACCGACGUCGUUCGUAGUCUACUCACAAGUUAGAGCUAGAGCUCUCGCAACCGUUGGCUUGCUUGUUCGGGCAUAGAAGGCGCCGACCUGAAAUGUACUUUUCGAAUGAUACAUCUAUCACAUAAGAAAAUGCGUGUGAUGAGACGAGAAGGCCAGCCCAUCGUUUGGAGCAGCGUUGCAAUAAGUUGGCUCGAAGGGUCGCAAGGCGUUGCGAAGUCCUCAAUAAAAUAUUGUGACUUGAUUGAGAGGUCGGAGACUUCUUUGUAGUACACACGGUUGACCCGAGGGAGACGGGGACUAGGAGGACGGUUGCGAACUCCUUCGCAGGUUCGAUCGAGGGACUAAAGUAAUUUCAGACGCGUCCAUUUUCCCUCUCGCUUUUCACCUGAUCACACUAUCCGGCGCGUUCCUACGCAACAUGCCAGGGUGCAAGGGCCCAUCGUUCUUUCCAGCAAAUUUAAGCAGCAUUCCCCGAAUAAGUUCCACGUCCACUCCCGUCAGUCUCGGGAGGGCGUCUGGAGCAUCAUGCUCGGUGUCAGGAUCUGCAAACCGCGCCAUAAUAAACACGAUCGGUGGGAGGCCGGAAGGAUCCAGUAUAGCUUUCUCCGCCAUGAAGCAUAAAGUGUGAGAGGCAAUAAGGCUGACUCGUGCGUCGAGGCGAGCCGAGAUUUGACUCUACCACGGGGAAGUUUGACAAUAGACGGAAGCAAAACGCGGGGUGAUGUCACAUCACCUGCCAAACUCACCCGAUCCACGAAAGGAAGCGAAUGAUUCACACCGAAUCGGAUGUCACCUGUAAGAUCCAGGCCUUGUUCUCCCAUUGUUCUGUCUCUUUAUAACGACGACGUACCCGCGGCCACACCCUGGGUCGUUCUCUUUCUUCUACACUUCCCUUUACCAUCCAACUCGCCAUUAGCCCGUGUUCAUCGCCCUUCAGGCGCCUAGUCCCCAUCUGGCAUCUAUCUGCAAGUGGCACUGGUGUGACUUUUCGUGCCAACCUUCGUCUCCAAGCGCACUGCAUCUCCUCCUGCUACGUGAGGACAACGCCCUUUCUUAGGCACCUCUUUCAUUCGUUUCCGCACCUGUGGACCACGCACUCCACCGGUGCCUAGUCGGAGUGGCGUCUGAAGGAGCAGAGGUAUAAGUGCUCGGCUCAACUCUCAACGAUGCACAGUCCAAGCACCGAGUCGUUCUUCUUCCAUCCGAACUUCGUGCGGGCGUCGUCUCCAAUCGAGAUUCCGAGGCGCACCGACGAGAUGCAAGCAGGCACCCGUAACACUGGAUCUUCCGAACGUCCUCUGUCGCCUGAGCUCAUUUUCGAGCUGGAAUUGGCCUCGUGGGACUCGGCACUGAAUACAAACUACACAUACGGUCUCACUCUCACACGAAGUCCCCAGGAAGAUUCGGGUGCCCUUCUCUAUACCUUUCCUCGCGUCUCUUCCCGUCACGCAGGACACGCAGACCUCGCCCUUCCCCUCGCGAGCCAGGUCUUGGCACCUAUUCCUAUCGCUCAUCAGGUCAUUCAUCGGAAAAUAGAGACACCGCCUUCUCACAACUGUGACGGGGCACGACCACACCUGCCCUCGGACCCUUCUCAUGCCAUCCGUGCGGUUCCCGUGCAUCGCAUCGCCGGUUUCACUCCCGAGCCUAGUCCCAGCCCUUCCGAACGAGAACCGCGUGAAAAUCCCCACUCUGACUCCGCGUUUUGCCCCUCCGACUCUGUUGCAUCUCAGCGACACUCUGAAUGGCAAACGAAGAACGUGUCUUCCAAAGACGGGCGCUCAUCGCAGCCGGAGACUCGCGGUUCUCGGAGACACCGGCCUGCCCCGCUGCGUCGCUCGUCCUCGACGUCGCAUCAUGGCUGGCAGGAUGAAGACUCCUUCGCUAAUUUCCUGCGGCGGAGACUGGAGAGCCGGUUCCGGCCUGUCGUUUACCAUUCCUUCCGAAGCGGCGACCUUCAAGCCAAAUGAACACUUCUCGUUAUCGUCAUCAGCAGUGAGUAAGGCUCGAAUCGUUUUGCGACUUUGGAGCUGACGACAUGCAGUUUACUUCAUCGCAUCCAUAGAUCAAUCAAGCGCGACGUUCUUGUCGCUUAGACCAGGCAACAAAAAGGGCAGAAACUUGUGAUUUCCCUCGCCCACUCGGCACUCUCCUUCGUCUUUUAAAUCCACCUCUUUUUGACAUCGCAUCAUCAGCAUUGGCAUAUCACACUUAGAGCAUCACCACACACAACCACCUUGUAACGCAUAGAUAGAAAAUGAAUCGUUUGAGUCUGUAA